AUGAAUGAAGAAGGAUCGAGAUUCUGGGCGAUCUGGGGCGUUUUGAUGGCGAUAGUGAUCGUCAUCAUCCUCUGCUUCUGUUACUUCAACCGAGAGGAUCCGAAUGCGACGACCGAUGGACGUUCUUCCGGCCAUUCCUCCCGGCGACACCGUCCUCCCUACACAGCAACGGCCAACUACCCCGGUCCACCCGAAGACGAGGGUCGUCAACUUGGACCAACAUCGCUGCCAAGCUACAAGCGAACCAUGCGAAGAUGGCUCAACAGCGGGACCAGAACGCCACCGCCUGAGUACAAGAACAUCUCGCAAGGAAUUCCGAACAAUAUGAACAACAGUGGUCCACCGUUCCUUGAAUCCAUGCGUUCGGUUAUCACGGAUAGCUUUAUGAGCUGGUACUCCAAAGAUGACGAUGAGGAGAAAAACUUAAAAGAUGUUGGAGCCAGCUGGCUAGAAUCAACUACCGAAAAACUCGAAGAAAUCCGCGAAGAAUGA